AAAUGGUAAGGCAGUCAGGAGCAACCCUGUCUCCCGGCACAGUAUCUCAGCCAUUCCAAGAGGAUCACAGAGAAGGAGCAGGGGCUGGAGAGACAUGGCUGAUUUGAGACUCACAGACUUCAACUGGCAGACACAAGCUAAUGGAUAUGCUCACCACACAGACAAGUACUACAGCAACGAGCUGAUCACAAGGAGGGGGCAGCCCUUUAAAAUCAAGAUAUCUUUGAACAGACCCAUCACCUCUCUGGAGAGGCUGAUCUUCACAGCCUCAACAGGCCCAAACCCCUCCGAAUCAGCCCGGACCAAAGCCGUGAUGCCGUUGUCUACCGAGUCAAGUGGCAGUUCCUGGAGUGCAAUACUCGGGUCCAACAACCAAGACGGUUCAAUGACCAUCGCCAUCUCCAGUCCAGCCAAUGCCCCUAUUGGUCGAUACACACUCAGCAUUCAGAUCGCCUCUCAAGGUGGAAGCACCUCCACAACUGUGGGGACAUGGGUUCUACUGUUUAAUCCCUGGCUGCAAGAGGAUGCUGUAUUCAUGAGGAAUAAUGCAGAGAGAGAAGAAUAUGUGGAGGAAGAUGCUGGCAUCAUAUACGUAGGGAGCACAAAUCGAAUCAGUAUGGUUGGCUGGAAUUUUGGACAGUUUGAAGAAGACAUUCUGAACAUUUCUCUCAUAAUCCUGGACAGGAGCCUCAAUUUUCGCCGUGACCCUGUCACAGAUGUGGCCCGAAGAAAUGACCCUAAAUACAUUGGCCGAGUGCUGAGCGGCAUGAUCAAUGGCAAUGAUGACAAUGGGGUAUUAUCUGGGAACUGGAGUGGAGAUUACACUGGAGGCAAGGAUCCCCGGAAUUGGAACGGCAGUGUGGAGAUCCUGAAGCAAUGGAAGAAAAAUCGUUUCCAACCUGUCCGCUUUGGCCAAUGUUGGGUCUUUGCUGGGACCCUGAACACAGUGCUUCGGUGUUUGGGGAUCCCUGCCCGGGUGAUCACUAACUUCAACUCAGCCCAUGACACAGAUCGUAACUUGACCAUAGAUGUCUACUAUGACCCUCUGGGAAAUCCAUUAGAAAGAGGGAGUGACAGUAUUUGGAAUUUCCAUGUCUGGAAUGAAGCCUGGUUUGUUCGAAUUGACUUGAGCUCACAAUAUAAUGGAUGGCAAGUGUUGGAUGCAACUCCACAGGAAAGAAGUCAAGGAGUGUUCCAGUGUGGUCCUGCUUCUGUCAUUGCCGUUCGACAGGGUGAUGUUAACCUGGACUUUGAUAUGCCCUUUGUGUUUUCGGAAGUGAAUGCUGACCAGAUCACCUGGAUUAUUGGCCCUAAUGAUAACAAAAAGCAAACCUCCUCCAAGACCAGCUCUGUGGGCAGAUUCAUCAGCACAAAGGCUGUGGGCAGCAAUUCCCGCAUGGAUGUCACAGACAAAUACAAAUAUCCUGAAGGUUCCAAAGAGGAGAGGGAGAUAUUCAACAAGGCUCUGCAGAAAAUGAAGCCCACUUCUACUUUCGGGGCCACAGCUGCUAGGGGAGAAAACCCAGAAGGGAAGCCAUCCUCCAUCUCUGGGAAGUUCAAGGUCAAUGGCACCCUGGAAGUGGGGAAAGAGGUCAACCUGGUUCUGCAGCUCAAAAACCAGAGUGACGACUGGAAGACUGUCACGGUGAAUAUGACAGCCUGGACGAUUGUCUACAAUGGGACUCUGGUCCAUGAGGUGUGGAAGGACUCCAUCACUGCCUCUCUGGACCCCAAAGAAGAGGCGGAGUACCCACUGAGGCUCACGUACGCUCAGUAUGAAAACUUCUUGACGGCUGACAAUAUGAUCCGAAUCACUGCCGUGUGUCAGGUUACAGACGAAGCCGAGGUCGUAGUGGAGAGAGACGUCAUCCUGGACAACCCUGCCCUCACUCUGGAGUUAAUGGACCAGGCCAGAGUGCAGACCCCUGUAAGAGUGCGUGUUUGGUUUGCCAACCCCCUGGAUGAACCAGUGAAUAACUGUGUACUCACAGUGGAAGGCAGCGGUCUCAUGCGGGGCAAUCUCAAGAUUGGAGUGCCGAACCUUCUCCCCAAGGAGCGCUCCAACUUCAAGUUCGAGAUCACCCCCCUCAAGAGCGGCACUAAGCAGCUGCUCAUUGACUUCUCCUGCAGCAAAUUCCCCGCCAUCAAGGCCUUCCUGUCCGUGGAUGUGACCGAAUGAGGAGGCAGGAGCUCCCUGCUGUCCGCCCCCUCUCACCUGGCUAGGCUGGGGUCAAGGGCUUCCUGAAGCAGCCAUGUGGCUCAGCCUGGGCCUCCUGCCUGGGAAGCCCCAGGCUGCUCAACACCCCAGUCAAGUCUCCUUUCUAACACCCCCCCCCACACACACACACACCUGCAGCCCCUCACACACACACAUCUUCUCAUAUCCACGUGCAUCUCACAGACAUGGUUACUGGCAUACGUGUGCACACCUAUUCUUCUCCGAUACACAUAUACACACCCUUUCUCUGUCUCUCUCCUCAACACACACACAUACACACACUCACACAGAUGCAUGCACACACUUACACACUCUCACACACACACACACACACACAUGCACACACACCCGCGUGUAUCUGCAAAGGACGCAUCCACUUCACUUUUGCACAUUCCCCAGCAGGUAAUUCCCCCUCAAGCCAAAGCUGCCUCCUCUGCUUCUCCUCUAGGCCCCUCCUGUCUUGGAUUUGCACUCUACUUGACCACUGAACUUUCAGGGUAGAAAUAACAAUAAUAAUAGUCCCCUUAAUUUUGAUACAGUGCCUUACAAUCUCCCUGCUUAUAAGUCUUAUAGUUUACAAAGAGCUAUCACAUCCAUUGUCUCAUUGGAUGCUUUCAGCAACCCCAUGAGGGUGACAAGGUAGGGAUUUUUAUCCCCAUUUUACAGAUCAGUUAGAGUCGGAAAGAUUAAGCAGCUUGCCAAUGGGUACACAGCUAGUGGAUGGCAGAAGCAGAAUCCAGACCCAAAUCUGCAGACCCCAAGCUGAGGGCUCCUUCCGCUGCACAAUUCUCUUCCCAGUCAUGGAAGAAGAGGAUAUCUGAACUGUUUGCAACUCAAGAUGAGUGUUUGUGCUAUUCCUGUUUCUGCCUCAGGCAUGAGGGUGUGGGGGAUAUAACCUGCCACAAGUUACACCCCCCUACAUUGAACAAUGGUAAUAAUAAAAAAUGUUAUACAACAGCGCUGUUGAAGGACGUCCCACUCUCAUGCCUUCAGAGGAAAAUGCUUCUCAUAACCUUCUCUGUUACCAAACUUAAGCAAAGUUAAAGAAGCCCAGAGAUCCGUCCUCACUAGCUGCCCCGCUCCUCUGGAUUUUCUAGCACCAUUUUUGUUAUCGCCACCCUCCACCUCCAUCUCCAUUCUCUCACAUUCCUGUGAAGCUCCUUGGUGCAUUGUAGCCUGGCUGGAGAACUUGGAACAUAGGAAGGGAGACUGAAAGAACACAGAAUGUCAGAGCUGGAGCAGACCUUAAAAAGGCAAAACUGGAAGAAACCUUAGAAAUAAUCUUGUCCGACCUCCAUUAUUUGGGAAAAUAGAAGACAUGUCUUUUGUGGCAGAGUUAAGGUUAGAUACCAAAUCCCAGGGUUCUUUCCAGUGAGGGAACCCAUGAAACAAUAGGGAGUUCUCGCCAUAUAGAAAGAGGGGAGAAAAGGAGAUUUUUGUUUCCAUCCAUGGAAGGAGUUGAAAAGCUCUCUCCAAGCCUAGGAUGUUUUGAGCUGUGACAUUAUAGUGGACAUCCUCUUUCUUUUUUUCUCAAUUCAUGGAGCUAUAGAAAUUAUAAAGGUCCUGAUUCUGCUUAAGCAUGGUUUAACCCCAUGGUUUAGUGUGCAAAAAACAAAGAGAUAAGCCAACCCGAAAAGGACAAAUAACACAGGUAGAGAGAAAUUUUCACUCAGACUAGAAUCUGAUUAGCUCAGAUUUGUCCAGAAACCACCAUAACUUCCUAGGACCAGCUUUCUCUGAUAUACCACCCAGGAGAUGCCCUCUCCCUCAUUCCAGAACACACACAUGACAUUCACUCACCUCAGUCAAAUAAUUAACAAGAAGGACCUUAAAACUGUAGUCAUUGGAGCAUAGGUGGAAGAUACCUUAGGAGAAAGAAAGUUAGACCUUAAAGACCCAGACAUAGAUUGUUAAAGUCUUAAAGGAAUCUCAUAAGAUGCAAUGUUGGAAUUGGAGAGUACAGAAUCUCAAGAGUCCCAAGGAAUCUGAAAGUCAAACUGGUUCAACCCAUGCCUCUAUAGAAAUCUCCAUCAAAUGGUCAUCCAGCCUUUUCUAGAAGACCUCUACUUAAGGAAAAAUCUGCUGUCCCCAAGGCAGCCCAUCCCACUUUGGCCUGAAGUUCUCCCUUACCUUGAGUUGAAAUUAACCACCUUUCAAUGUCUACCUGUGGAGCCAAAGAGAACAGGUCCAAUUCCUGCUCCACGUGACAGUCCUCCAAAUACUUCAGAGAAGAGACAGUUGUUAUGUCCUCCUUAAGUCUUUUCCAGGUUAAACAUUCCCAUUUCUUGCAAUUGAUCCUCAUAUGCCAUGGUUUCUUUCCCAUCCUCAUCCUCAUUCUCUGAAAAACCUCCAGCUUAACAAUGUCUUUUUUAAAAUGUGGAAUCUAGAACUUAACACAAUGUGAUAUGACCAGGACAGAGAGCGACUCUCACCUCACCUGUUCUAGACAUGACACCUCUUUAAAAACAACUUCAGAUCAUCAUUCUUGGCUGCCAUGUUGCACUAUGAACUAAAAUUGAACUUGUGGUACAUUAUACCUCCGCCCUAUCCAUGAUCUUUUUCACACAAAUUUUAUCCAGCUAACACCACCUCCAUUUGGGUUUGUGAAGUUGAUUUUUAAAUCUGCCAUAGGAUUUUACAUAUAUCCCUGUUAAAUUUAAUCUCAGUAGAUUCAGGCCAUUAUCCUAAUCAAAAACUUUAGAUUCUGAUUCUGCAGUCCAAUAUGUUAGUUAUCUUCCCCAGCUUUCUAUCAUCUACAAGUCAGAUAAAGAUACCAAAUAUACCUUUAUCCAAACCAUUUAUAAAAACUCUUAAGUACCACAAGCCCAAGGACAAAUUUCUAGGGUAUUUCAAUUCUAGCUCUCUCUCCACAUUGACAUUAAUGACUAUUCUUUUGGUCCAAUCAUUCAGUCACUUCUAAAUUAUACCCCACUGUGCUAUAACUGAACCCACAUCUUGCCCUCUGGCCCACAAAGAAACCAUGAGAAACUUUGUCAAAUGCUUGUUAAAAUCCAGACAAACCAUAUCUACUAUAUUAUCCUUAUCUACAAUCUUGUCAAUACCUCAAGGACCUGAUCCCUCCUCUGAUUCAAAUCAUAACACAGCAAUGACUUACCAUCUUAGUCUCCUAAGGCUCAGGAUGAGUGAACUUGCCCAUGGUCAUCAAGGUCAGAGAGCCAGUAUCAGCAGCAGGAUUUGAAUCCAUGUCUCUCUGAUUCCAAGUCUGGUAUUCUGGAGAUAUCAGGAGAUGGAGGAUAGAAGGCUUGCUACAGUCACAAAGAAUCAGACACAAAUGAACAAUUCAACAUGUCGUGAUGCUUCUCUGCUUAGUCUCAUAACCUAUUCCUAAUAGGUAAUCUGACAGAUCUAUUUUUGAUAAAGCUAUGCUGCUUCUUAGUAAUGAUUGCUUCCCUUUCUAUAUGCUCACAAAUCAUUCCUGUAAUGAUAAAUUGUGAAACUUUGCUAUUAAUUAAAGUAAAUCUCACUGGUUUAUAGUU